GGCUCUGCUGCCUCUAUAAAUACCUUGCAGGAGAAGUGCCAUCUCAUCAUCCCAAGUUUAGCAAUGGCGGUCAAGUUUGUAGCUCUUGUGGGGGUUGUCCUGCUCUUUCUCCUCGUCUCCCAGGAUUUGGCAUGUGCUAGAGAGCUCACGGAAGCCAAUGAGUCUGAAGGGAAAAAUGUGAAACCUGGAGGAGCGCCUGGACUCAAAGAUGAGAAGUGGGGAGGUGGAUAUAAUGGAGGGUAUGGCAACGGAGGUGGUUAUGGGGGAGGUUACGGUGGCGGGUAUGGUGGUGGCUAUGAGCCUAGAUACGGUGGAGGAUACCACCAUGGCCAUGGUGGAGGAGGCUAUGGGCCCGGAUAUGGUGGUGGUUAUGGUGGCCCUGGGUAUGGUGGUGGGUAUGGUCAGCCUGGGUACGGCGGAGGCUAUGGUGGAGGAUACGGCGGAGGCUAUGGCGGAGGAUACGGUGGUGGCGGCGGGUACGGUGGAGGCGGGGGCUAUGGAGGCGGAUAUGGUGGUGGCGGCUACCCUGGAGGUGGACACCAUGGUGGAUGGAAUUAAGUGGAGCAACUAUAUAAGUUUCUCUGUGUCAAAUAAUUAAUGUGCCGUGGUGAUGGGUUUGAAUGAUGCAUGGGGAUUACUUGGCGGUACAACAAUGUCUGCAUAGUAUAAAAUAGAUGGUAGAUGUACUGUUAUGUGUUGCAUGAAGUGUGAUAUUAAGAGCAAGUCACCUAGCCAUGUAUGUACGGCAGUGUGCACAUCUGGCUUUUAGAACUUGUACGUCCUCAUUAUUUAUGAACCUACAUAUACAUAUAAAUAAAUUAAUGGCCUGUAAAGUUUUCUGUCAAA